UACAAUUAUACUCGCCAGUCUUGAAUUCGAGACAAUUUUAUAAGAAACGCGAAAAAUGAUCUUAAUCUGACUAAAAAUAAAGUGUUGUGUGCAAGUGAAUCGGGCCGUGUUAAUAAGUCAACGGAAAACCAAAAACUGGUUAAUUUAAUAAAAAUAAAACCGAAAAAAGAACAUACCGUAUAUACAUAUUAAAAUGAAUAACUUUUCAAGGAGAUACUGGCCGGUUGUUCUUUACCUGUUUUCUAUAUCACUUUCUUAUAUCGAUGGCUCUUUCAUAUUGCCAGAGAAUGACCCUCCCACAACGGCGCCAAAAUUCUUAUCCAGGGGUCACUUGUACAAGGUCAUCGUUGGGGAAACCAUCGAGUUGCCCUGCAAAGUACAAAACCUCGGCUCGUUUGUGCUGCUGUGGCGGAAGGGAUCGUCGGUGCUCACAGCCGGACACUUAAAGAUAACAAGGGAUCAACGAUUUAAGAUUGUGGGGGACUACAACUUGCAGAUUAAUGGAGUGAAGACCCAAGACGCUGGAGACUAUAUAUGCCAGCUCGGUGAUCAGGAAAACCGUGACCAAGUGCACACAGUUGAAAUAUUGGUACCGCCCACACUAAGGGCUCUUCCACAUAAUGGCCAAGUGACUGCUAGGAAGGGAAGCACUGUCACCUUAGAGUGCAAGGCGUCUGGCAAUCCGGUGCCCACCAUAUUCUGGUUCAAGAAAGAUGUCUUUUCGGGACCAACUCACUUAUCGGAUAGCUCAACACUUAUAUUGGAGAACGUGGACAGACAUCACGCAGGCACAUAUCAGUGUUCUGCCGACAACGGGGUAAAAGAUCGCGUAUCAAUGGACAUACAGCUCACUAUUCUCUCUCCCCCCGAAAUAACGGUGGAGAAAUCCUGGGUCCAUGCAUCCGAAGGAUACGACGUGGAGCUCGUUUGCAUCGUAAAUGGUGAUGUGAGCUCGGAGAUGCUGUGGUACCAGAACUCAUUCCUACUUGAUGCUACCGAUCGGCGAUCUAUGUAUCCCCGCGAUGACAGAUACAGUCUCAUCAUUCGAAACUUCCAACCAACGGAUUUCGGCAACUAUAGCUGUGUGGCUGAUAAUGCUUUGGGAAGGACAAAGAAAUAUAUCGAAGUAUCUGGACGACCGGGACCUGCUGAUUUCAUUUCCCCAGCUUUGAGUGGAUUCCUAGAUCACUAUAACUUGACGUGGACAAUUGAGUCCAUACCCCCUCUGGAUGAGAUAAAGCUCUUGUACCGCCGUUUGUUGAUGAAUGAAACCUACCAACAUCCUGGCAAGUGGCAUGAGUACCACAUUAAGCCAACGCCAAUUAGAACAGAUGGAUCUCACUUCCUGAUGUCGUAUCUCGUCAAGAACUUGGAACACAACGCUGUCUAUGAGGCGAUUGUACAGGCCAAAAACAAAUAUGGGUGGAACGAGAUCAGCGAUAUUCAUCAGUUUUACACGCGAAAUCACGAUCUCCUUCUCGAUAUUGAUAUGGAAUAUAAAAUGGGCAUUUCAAGCAAUAUUAGAAUAUCUCCAACUGUCUAUGGAAUUAUUUUUUUUACAUUUAUGUUAGUGUUCUAUCCCAUCAUUAGUGUCUAAGAAAUAAUGAGUAGCGUUUAUUUGCAAAUAUAAUUUAAAUGGUGCCUUACUAAAACUUUAGCAAAUAAUUAAAUUUACAUGUAUGUACAUUAAGAAAUCGUAUUAAAUGUAUUGAAAUCUCAAUAGAAUACUUCUCUCAAUAGAAUAUUUAUGAAUGUACUUCCGCAAUGGUUUAAGACAUAAAACGGAUCUAUUAUCAUUUUUCCUUCAUUGCUACUGGAAUAAUAAUAUUACAAAAAGUUCACUUAAAGUAAAUGCUUAUAAUACUUCCGACCAGAUUUCAUUUAAUUCUCUUGAGAUUAACUAUCAGAAAUAUUUAAACAAAUUAUAAGAGUUUUUAAAACAAAUGCCCUUAUUAUUUCGUAAGCAAAUACAUUUUUGGUCUGAGCAAAAAGUGUUAUACUCACCAUUCCGUUAGCCCGAUCCAUGAACUGAGUACCGGAUUUACAUCAUAAUUACUCUCAAAACAGAUCUAAAAAAUCAGCGUAAACUAGCUGAUAUCGAUAAGGAAUAACAACGUCAUACCAUAAAGAAUACGAAAGUAGAUCCUUGAAUUAGAAAUACUCAUCGGAGAAUUAAAUCGAAUAAAAUUAGGGAAACCGAAAUUCGUGUAAUUGCACAAAAGAUAUAUGUACAUAAGCACAAGUAUUCUCAAUACAUCUUCUUAUUGGCAGUGAAAAUGUCGAACAGCAGAAAGAAACAUUUACCACGUUUAUACGAUGCAUAUCCCCAUAGCCCCCAUAUUGUUUGAAUCUGACGGUAUAAUCUUUCCAUAAGUUGUGAAUUAAUAGACAAACACACAAGGGAAACUCGCUUUCUUGACAGAACUUGUUUUCUAUUUAAUAAUUAGUUACGAAAUUGUUAUUCCCCAGAGUGGUGAGAAAUUUUUUAACAUAUCGCGAUAGGAUAACUAUAGUACUCAUAUCCUAAAUCGUAUAAGCGUAGUAACUGUUGAUAAAAUUAAAAAUCUUCUUUAACGAAUAUUUAGAAUCUAGAAAGUACGGUAAUAUAAUUCUCUAAAGUUGCACCAUAGGUACUAUUUCGAAUUCAGGCCCUUUUCUCGUGGUCUAUGAACCAGUUCACCUCAAAGAGAAAAAGCAAUUGAAUCAUUUUUUUUUGGAAAGGAAACAUCUCCUAAGUUUUAUCAGAACUGGUAUUCUUUCUCUCAUUCUGGGCAGUGGAAAUAUACAAAGAUAAACUAUGGACAAAAUGAUAGAUCAGCAUUCAAAUUCAUUGCUGAAGAAAGCUUAGUAAUUUCGUAAAGAAAACUUAAAUGAAUACAGUAUAUACCCUCCUGUAAUCAUAAAAUACAUAAAUACAUAUUGCAAUAUCGUUCAACGAUUGUAGAUACGUUUUCAUAAUAGGUAUACCACUGAAUAUAAAAUAACUUAUAACUCUAAAUAAUUUAGUAAUAUGAAUCAUCGGUCUGGAAGAUAAGCUUCCUGAGUUAUCAUUAAAUUUAAACUUUUCUAUGAGUUCAUGUACAAAGCACAUGUAAUGGAAACUUUACAUAAAUGUAAAUUUUAGAUGGUUUUAUAUCUUAUCAUUGAUUGUUAAAUAAGACCAAGAACUAAGAUUAAUUGUUUUUGUUAUCUCCACCAUUUAAAUUGAUUUUUUUAAAUAAUUACUUAAAGUUUUAAGAUUUGAUUUGGUUAUAUGAAAUCCAUCUAUCUAAAAUAAAUACUUAGACUCCAUAUUAUUAGUAGAAAUAUCUCUAGAUGCAUAAUCAAACAAUAACAUAUUAAUAGACUUAAAAGAAAAUUAAACAAAAAAUAAAAGAACUGUAUGAUACAAAAAUAAUCUUUUAAAGCGGGAAAAAAUGAAAGUAGUAAUAAUAUUAAUAAAUCUUUUGUAAGUUUAUACGUAUGUAUGCCCCUAUACAUAUGUAUGUAUGUACAAUUAUGUGCGCAAUACCCGUAAAAUUUGGAUCGUAUUAUGGACAUAAUAAUAAAACAUAAUGUAUCUUUUAUUUUAAUUAUAAGUGUUCAUAGGCCUAAGAAAUAGAAAAUAUCUCAUUAGUGUUAUAAUUUCGAUAAAAAAGAAUUACUUUACAUAAGCGUGUAAGAUCUACCUACUAAUAAUGAAUGGCAUUAUACAUAACAAACUUACAAAGCACGAAUAAAUCAUUUUACUAGUAGAUUAACAUAAUUAUUUUUAAUU